UUUACAUUUAUUUAUUUAUUGCAAAAAUGUCUAAACCUGUUUUGGAUUUGUCAUUAUGGGGUAUUGUAUGUAGAUUGGAAAAACAAUUUAAACCAUUUUACAAUAAUGCUGUAACGUAACAACAUGUGGAAAAAAUUAAGGGGUCUUGAAUACUUUCUGAAUGCACUGUAUACUCACACUAUUUCUCUGCCAUUUUUAGGUUAAUGAUUAAUUCACUCAGUUGUGCAUAUCUUUCAUGCUCAGAGUGUUGUAAACAUAGGGAUAUGGAAAGAUCCUUGUAAUGGACGUGUUUAUGACAGCAUGAGCAGCGCCAUUGGGAGCAACUGUAUCUCCAUUUUGUAGUACAACAUUUCUUCUCAAUGGCCCUGCCCAUGGUAAAACUGUUUUUGUUUCAAGUGCACCCUAUAUCUACAUGUAUGGUUAUUAAGGACAUCUGAUUGCUCUUCAAAUAGACCGCUUCAAAUAACAGUGGACAGGACAUUAACUUCGUUAAGUAUUUAUUCUAUACAAAGAGAAAGAGGGACCAUACAUAAACGGUAAGCCACAAUAGCACAACUAACACAAUCAUUCAGAACAGGAACCACAGGAACAUAUUUUGCAUGUUGGUACAGAGUGCAUUUCAUUGGUAUUUUCAUGCUUCCUCUUACUCCGUUCUUCAAUCUCUUCCUGCUCUAAACAUAUAAAAGAAGUCAGGAGAGAAGUCGACCAGAGUGAAUGUGGAAUCAAGGAUUAAGAUGGUGACUAUCUCAUGAAGCUGGUUGAAAGAAUGUCCGGAGUGUGCAAAGCUGUCAUCAAGGAAAAGCAGCCCAAUUGUAACUGAACAGGAUUUGAACCCAAAGUAUCCUGUGCUCCACAAGACUGUUAGCCGCCUAAGCUGAAGGGAAUUGACAGAGGACAGCACGAUGUGGAGGAGCCUGUCCAAAUAUGUCUGUGUCUUCUUCCUGCUGUCCCUGUCAGGCCUGUUUUUCCUGUUAAGCAUCAUCAACGUUCUGGAGAAUCUGAACUGCCAAACAGUGUCAACAUUAUACCAGCUCCAGAGCAGCAUCCACACAGCUUUCUUUUCAGAGGCCCCUUUUCCUCUGGACCGCAACCACAGCUACUGUGGCCUCCUGGGCCAGGAGCCCUCACCCGAGGAGGCUCUGGAAGAGCGUUACCUCCUGCAGUCCAUCGCCUGGCCAGAGCCUACGCACCAUUCUGAGAGCGUGUCCCUGGACCACACCAGUGAUCCUGCACACAGCUUUUUUGUGAUCCUGCCAGCAAGGGGCAGGAGUGAGUGGUAUGUGGGAGACCAGCUGGAGGCUUUUGUCCAGAUGUACGAUUUUCAGGGGCAUCCCAAGAGCCAUGGUGGAGACUUCUUGCUGGCCCGACUGCACUCCUCUGAAUUGGAGGCAGGCGUUGCAGGACAGGUGCUGGACCACAGGAAUGGGACCUACUCUGCCAUUUUCCCAUUACUAUGGCAAGGGUCUGCACAGGUGGAGCUGACACUGGUCCAUCCAAGUGAGGCAGUUCAUGUUCUACGACGGUUACGAGAGGAACGGCCCGACCGGGUUUUCUUUAAGAGUCUCUUCCGCUCUGGAAAACUGUCCCAGACAACUUUAUGUAACUUGUGUCUGCCAACAAGCCAGAAGCCGCUGUGCAAUUACACAGACGCCCACACGGAGGAGCCCUGGUACUGCUACAAGCCCAAGCUUCUGAGUUGUGACACACGGAUCAACCACUCAAAGGGAGGCUAUGUGAAAGAUCUGCUCACCAACAAAGAGAAAUUGCUCUUCCAGAGUGGUGUAAACAUCAAAGUUCACAUUCAUCCUUCAGGGUCUGACAGUGUCCCUGUGCUGCCCGAGAAAAAAGACAAAGCAGACGUGGAGAGAAGCAGCAUGAAGAUGGAACCUACCAGAAUCACUCCUUCCGGGUAUUACUUCCAAGGGUCAUGGCAAGCGCUGACUGGUGGUGUAAUACGCCAGUUUAACGACACCUCUGCCAUUACUCAGUGUCUGAAGGGCAAGGUGGUGUACAUGUAUGGAGACUCUACUGCCAGACAGUGGUUUGAGUACCUCAACGACUUAUUACCAGAGCUGAAGCAGUUUAACCUUCACAGUCCUAAGAAUGUGGGGCCCAACAUGGCGGUGGACAGCACCCACAACACCCUUCUGAGGUAUCGUUGUCACGGUCCUCCAAUCCGCUUCACCAAUGUCAUCGCCAGUGAGAUGCGCUAUGUAGCUAACGAACUGGAUGGCCUGACAGGUGGGUCGAACACUGUGGUGUUUAUUAGCAUAUGGUCCCAUUUCAGCACCUUCCCUGUGCCGGUCUACAUUCGCCGACUACGCCACAUUCGGCGGGCGGUGAUGCGGCUUCUGGACCGGGCUCCGGGGACCAUGGUGGUGUUGCGUUCAGCCAACCUCCAGGCCCUGGACCCGGAGGUGAGCCUGUACAAUAGUGACUGGUACUCAUUGCAGCUAGACGGGGUGCUCAGGGCCAUGUUCAGGGGUCUGGAUGUCUUGCUGAUAGACGCCUGGGAGAUGACCCUUGCCCACCACCUCCCCCAUGCCCUCCACCCUCCCCCCAUCAUCAUCAAGAACAUGAUAGAUAUUAUCCUCUCUCGUAUCUGCCCAUGAAGAGCUAACAGAUUCUGGGCUGGAUUCUGUAUCGCUUAAAUAUCACGGAAGAUCCACGUAAGAAUGUUGCCUUAAUUUCCGAUUGAUCUCACAUAUGCAGUGUUUAUUGUCAAUGCAGUCUCCGCAACCCUCGGGAACAUUGCCAUUAAUUGUCAGUUGCGCUAUAAAGCAGAUCUUCAGCGCUACGGAUUGAAGAGAGCGCUGAGUGAAAUGAUAUGUCAGAUUUCUCCAUUAGUCAACACGUAUACAUAUUAAAAAAUGUCUAGCAAUUCAAAUUUUACCUACCGAACGUUCUGUUGAUUUAUCUUUUUCCAUGUCAAGCUGAAUGACCUGUUAUGAAUGUUACUCUCUCAAAAUGUGGCUUGGAAUGUAAAGAAUUACCUGCACAUUUGUCUGUGAAGAUUUGCCUUAUUCUCAACUCCGGAGCAUUUAACCAAACUCAAAUGUUCAAACAUAUAACUAAGAGGGAAAUCACACAAACGAAUAGGUGCGUAUCCUGAAACUGAGAAACAAUAGAACACAAACUUCCAGACACAUAAACACAAAAGUGUACAUGUGCACACACACACACACGUGUGGGCACACACACAGACACAAACCGACACAAUAAUAAUAAUAAUGUAAUGGGAAUUUUAAUGUUUGUGCUUUUCUUAAAACACAUUUCGGUCUUCUAUUCAUGUGCUCUUCUAUUAACCAAUUUCUGUGUUCAUGCAAGUAGCUGACUGUACAAAUCCUCACUAUCAGUAGCUGCAAUUUGGCAGUACACUCAGACCAUGUUUUGAGAACGAACAAAAGAUAUCUCAGUUUCAAGGUCUCAGCUUAGAGAGAAAGAAGCCUUGUGAGGUAUUGGUCGGUCACAUGAAAGAAACAAAACGGUAAUGAUUAAUUAAUUAUGCUAAAUCAUGCAAAUAUAACUUGUCUGUAUAUAGCCGUAUAUAAGACAACUGCUGGGUUUGCCCAGGCAGAGCUCCUGAUUGACAUGCGUACAAUGGUGCAUUGAGUUGGUUGGAACCUCUCCAGUACGCUGACAAUAAACAAUGAUUCAUUUAAGAUUGA